AUGUUCCGUGUAUUAAUAAUAUUUUCACUUUUCUAUUACUGCCAUGGAAAUUUGGAAGGACCGUUUCUGUUUUUCGGUCCGCAGUCGUUACAAAAAUAUAGAAGACCUGCCUUACAGUCGUUGGAUCAAGAUGAUUUAAUGAGGAUAUAUGGGGAGCAGGCCGCCAUAGUCGUGUUUAACAACCAGGAUUCCGUACCUCUGUCUGCAGGAAUUUUUCCUCGUCUGAGGAAGAUGUUGGAGGGUCAGACUACGCUGGUCCUCCCUCAAGACUUCUUAGACGUCCAUCCCGAUUAUAUUAGUAACGAAACACAAGUGUUAACACUACAAGGGCCGUGGUCUGAACGAGACGCUCAGAUGACGGAGACAUUCGCCAGGCUCCAGGAUAUAUAUGGAGCGGGAAGAGUUCUGGGAGUGUUAGGUAAUUCAGUCUCUCAAAGUCAACCGUAUUACGAGACUGAAUGGACUCGAGUGAGACGUCAGGCGAGGGACGUGACCACUACAUCAGCUACCACCGAAGACGUGCAGGAGAAACCUGCCAGGAACAUACAGAAAUAUGCUUUGUAUAACGCAACAGGUCCCCCGGGUAAGGCAGCGCUCCUGUAUUCUUCAGGCUGGCCAGAACUCCGCUGGCCAGAUGGCACGGUGACAGUGUUAGACAGCCCUGUAGGAGAACCUACCAUCAAACCAACUAGACUUUACACUAUACUGGUUGUGAGGUUCGCUGACGGAGACAACACCAGAGAUAAGAUAACCCUGGAGUUCUCGUUCAAGCAGUCUGGUUCGUGGUGGUCGGCGGUGGGUGUGGAGAUACGUCGAGGAUUGGAAACCACAGGCUUGAAUAUGCCAGCGUUGGACCCACCCGCCGCUGUAUUAGGAAGAGCCUUCCAUUGCUCUCUACCACUUAUAUACGAAGCGGAUGACGCUAGACUUACCUUCCCUGAUAUCAGAAUUCAACCGUUUAUGGAGAACACAGAGAAGUUCGCUGAUGCUUUUGAUUGUAUCGGGUUCACGACCGUUCCUAUCUGGUCCGGCCUCAUGGUGACUGGUCUGAUGCUGGUUGUGUUAUUCGUCUCCAUCUGUAUGAUCAUGGACAUCAAGACGAUGGACCGCUUCGAGAACAACCGCUCCAAACAACUCACCAUCACUGUUUACGAAUAA